AUGUGCGACAAGGGGUUCAGCCAGUUUGGGAGUCGAGGUCGUAUCAUCGACUCCAGGAUGGUGUGUUCCAUGCAUAUGCGGGCGGGUUCGAUGAUUGCCAACCGAACCAGGUUUCCCAUUGACCUUCUCGAUGCAGUGAGGAAUACCACUCAGCAAAUUCGGGAGUGGGCAGUUAUCGGCCCAGGCGGAAGGCAUGUGGGAGGUGUGGGAGGCCCUAAGGAGAACGGAAAGAUGGAUCUGCCGCCGCCUCCGUACCCCUCGGUCGUCACCACCGGCCUUGUCGUCGUCUCGGCACUCUUCCCCGUGAUCUCGGGCGUGUCUAUCCUGCUCCGUCUCGCCGCCCGCCGCAAGGCCAGUCAGGCACUCCAUCCCGACGACUACUGGAUCAUCGCAUCAUGGUUCUUGACAUUGGGACUCAGUAUCCUCGUGUGGUAUUUUACUCCACGGACGGGAAUCAACUACUUUAAUACCGACUUCCUUACCGGGACUGAGAAUUCCCUAGAGCUUAUCUUCAUUUCAUCCUGCUAUGUGCAGUUCCCCCUCGGCGCGGUCAAGAUCGCGGUGCUACUCUUCUACAUGCGCGUCUUCCCAACACCCAUGUUCCGGGCCAUCGUGUGGUGCGUGAUCGGCAUCGUCAGCGUCUGGUCCGUCCUGUUCUUCCUGCUCGUGCUUCUCGAACUCGAUCCUAUCGCAUUCCCUCUCAUGACGGCCAACCUCCGGCUCGACAGCACAGCCAUCGGCCUCGGGCAAGUGGCAAGCAGCUUCGCACUCGACAUCCUCGUGCUGUGCCUCCCCCUCCCCGUCAUCGCCCGCCUGCACAUGAAAUGGGAGCGCAAGGUCGCCGUGGCCCUCAUCUUCUGGCUUGGAGCCUUCUGCGCUAUCGCCGCCAUCGUCCGGACCGUGCUGCUGGACCAGUCCAUCCGUGAGGUGGUCAGCUCCGACAGCUACAACAGAGUUGCCAACCAAUCCCGCCAAUACAUCUUCAUGGUCCUGGAACCAAACUGCUCCAUCCUCGCCGCCUGCCUGCCUACCUACGGCCCGCUGCUAUCCGGCGGGCGCGCGCCCGAGUCCAUUGUGCGCAGCGUGCGCAGCGUCUUCAGCCUGCGCAGCGCGCGCAGCAACAAUGCCUCGGCGGCCAGCCUGCCGCGCAGCCGCCACAAGAGCGCCGGCGAAUCCCAGGUCGAGCUGCACGAUAUCGAGGGCGAGGACUACUCGCACAAGGUCUCCCGGCGAGGUCGUCCCGCCAGUUCCGUCCAUGCCCGCUACGGCUCAGGUCUGCUGGCAAGGAGGGGGGGUAGGGAAUAG